AUGACCAAAUUAUUAAUAGUUAUUACCUUAAUCAUUGCUCUAGCUGCUGCAUAUUGUUCUUCUGUGACUCACAAUAUUAAAGUUGGUUCUCCAGUAGGAAAGUUCGCUUAUGAACCUCAAACUAUUAAUGCUGAUUUACAAGAUAUUGUUAUAUGGGAAUGGGUAAGUCCUCAACAUAGCGUUAUUCAAUCUGAUGCACCAAAUAAUUGUGUAAAAUCUAUAUCAACAACAGCAUUUGCUUCACCAUCCCAAGAAGUUGGGAAAACUUUUCAAAUUACAAUUUCUCAACCAUAUGGCAAAUUAUAUUAUUUUAGUGAUGUAGGCACAGAUUGUAAACAAGGUAUGGUUGGUACAAUAGUGAUUGGCGCGGGAAAAUUACCAGCUGAUGACACCCCUACUGCUGCUCCAAACUCUACAAAAACCAGCGUCCCAGCUGUAGAAACAUCAUCAUCACCAUCGUCGGCAUCGGUAACUCCAACUCCUGAUAGUAAAAAAAGUGUUGGUUAUAAACUUGAUGGAAAUCUUGUAAUGGUUGUUACAAUGGCUGCAAUCGGUGUGAUUGUUGCUUCACCAUCCCAAGAAGUUGGGAAAACUUUUCAAAUUACAAUUUCUCAACCAUAUGGCAAAUUAUAUUAUUUUAGUGAUGUAGGCACAGAUUGUAAACAAGGUAUGGUUGGUACAAUAGUGAUUGGCGCGGGAAAAUUACCAGCUGAUGACACCCCUACUGCUGCUCCAAACUCUACAAAAACCAGCGUCCCAGCUGUAGAAACAUCAUCAUCACCAUCGUCGGCAUCGGUAACUCCAACUCCUGAUAGUAAAAAAAGUGUUGGUUAUAAACUUGAUGGAAAUCUUGUAAUGGUUGUUACAAUGGCUGCAAUCGGUGUGAUUGGUUUAUUGCUCUAA